AUGCCCGCCCGAUCUUUUCCCCCCUUGGACCUGCGGUCGGCAAUAGUGGUGCGAAUCGCCUUGGCCCAACUACAGGUCACGUCUAACAAGCAGCAAAACAUUGAAGGGGCCGUGCGUGCCAUUGCCGAAGCAGCCAAGGCUGGCGCCCGCCUAGUCACCCUGCCCGAAUGCUUCAACUGCCCCUACGGCACAAAAUACUUUGGCACGUACGCGGAGCCCAUUCCAGGCGAAUCUACGGCAGCACUCAGCCGUGCCGCCAAAGAAAACGGAGUUUAUGUUGUUGGCGGCUCCAUCCCAGAGCGAGCUGCUGACAAGCUCUACAACACUUGCACCGUCUUCAACCCCGACGGUGACCUCAUCGCCACCCAUCGCAAGAUUCAUCUUUUUGACAUUGACAUCCCUGGCAAAAUCACGUUCAAGGAGUCGGAAACGCUAUCGCCUGGUGAUGCACCCACAAUGUUCAAAACAGACUUUGGCCACGUUGGUGUUGGUAUUUGUUACGAUAUGCGCUUUCCAGAAUUGGCCCAACUUUAUGCCGAGCAGGGCUGCUCUCUUCUUCUCUACCCUGGAGCUUUCAAUAUGACUACGGGGCCAGCUCAUUGGGAGCUCCUUCAGCGUGGGCGUGCGCUUGACAAUCAACUCUUUGUCGCGACAGCUUCACCAGCAAGAAAUGCCUCUGCUGACUAUCAAGCCUGGGGCCAUUCUUCUUGUGUCGAUCCCUGGGGAACGGUCAUCGCCACCACGGAUGAACAACCUGGCCUGGUCUACGCAGACUUGGACAUGAGCAAGGUUUCGGAAGUUCGCCACAAUAUCCCUAUCCGGGAGCAAAAGCGACACGAUUUGUACCGCUUGGUGGUGCCGUAA